GCAGGAACUAUUCGGCUGCAAAGAUUCAUUGUCUAUCCCAAUGAUGUUUUGAUACUCUGUUUUGAUGUCUUCAAUGGGGACGGCAGGUACAUAAUUCCACACAGUGCCGCAAUAUCGGGAGUGGGGAUCUGUCUUUGAAGAUCUGACUGGGAAGUGGGUCACGGUGCCUUGGCAUUUAGCGCUAAGCCGGCUAGCGUGCUGCCUUGAAAUUGAGGCGGGCAAAUCGACCUGGCCAGACGCCCCCUAGCAGGUACGUGUCGGAAAUCUUUGGACGGGAGACUUGUUUCGCCUCCUGAAUCCCCCAUUUCCCAAACCCAUCCCACAUUCCACGAAGCCAUUCACGACGACGCUGCUACCGGAAGCAUGCACUUUUUAGACCACAACCGGACCAAAAUCUAGACUGUGCGACCCUUCGAGAACAGCUCAACACCUAUCGGUACACUGGUACCCCUUUCACACGAAACAGGGAUCCCACUGCCGGUAUCCCCGGAAGCUGUUGGAUACCACUCCACGCAGCCCAGCAGCAGUGCUCCAAAUGUCCAGGUAGACGGGCCCUCCAAACAGAGCUUCUACCGACGACACCGUCACCGGCACCCCUUUUUUGCAGUUGAUCUGCCGGUGCCAGGUGCCCAGUUCCCGAUAUCAGAGCGAGCGCGACUUACGCGAUCGGGCUUAAUUCACAAUGAGGCUACGCAACCUCUUUCUCUUCGGGGCGGCCGCGCUGGCGACCGCCUCACCACCAUCAGCCGACACGGAGGACGAUAUCACACGAGAAAACACAUACUUCAAUGGCAAGAAGGUUCCACCGAUUUUGGAACUCACCCCGGCCAAUUACAAGGAGGAAUUAAAAAAGUCAAAGUUCCUGAUGGUCAAACACUUCAGCCCGUGGUGCGGACAUUGCCAGGAAUUUUUGCCGACCUUCCAGACGUUGUACGAGUAUUACUACACAUCGAAGCCAGUGGGCAAGGAUGCCGACUUCACCGAGUUCUAUGAUUUCAGGUUCGCCGAACUCAACUGCGUCGCGUACGCCGAUUUAUGUACUGAGAACAAGGUUGCCGCAUGGCCAACAACAAUUUUGUUUGAGGAUGGCGAGCCUUUGGUCACCUUUAGGGGUGUCAAGCACAUUAGUGUUCUCAGUGGUGCUGUCGAAGAUGCGCUCGAGAAGGUGAAGCCCAACACCAGGCCCAAAACCCUCGAGCUCCCCGAACCUGGCGACAAGACAUCCCCUGAUGCCAAGGCCGAAACCGAGAAGACCGAGAAGGCAGAUGCCAGGGGAAAGGGGUCUGAAAAAGAGCUGGUCAAGGAAACUGAGAAGGAGAAGGAGACCGAAACCUCCACCGCCGCCAGCGCCGAUGCUUCAACGGAAGGGGAAGCGACACCAAAGAAGACCUACACUGUCAACUACAAUACCCCUUCGCAGAAAGUUACCCCUAAGCCGUCGAACCCCAACCCCAAGGGUCUCUCCGUUCCUCUAACUUGGGAAUUGUUCCAAAGCAUGGUUACCCUCACCCAGGAGCCUUGGUUUGUCAAGUUUUAUGCACCAUGGUGUCACCACUGCCAGGCUAUGGCCCCGAAUUGGGAGCAGUUGGCCAAGGAAAUGAAGGGCAGGCUCAACAUUGGUGAGGUCAACUGCGACCGCGACACUAGGCUUUGCAAGGAACUCCGCGUCCGUGGCUAUCCUUCCAUCAUGUUCUUUAAGGGCGGUGAGAAGGUCGAGUACGAGGGCCUUCGCGGCCUGGGCGACUUUGUCCAGUAUGCUGAAAAGGCCAUUGAUCUCUCCAGCGGGGUUCCGGAUGUCGAUUUCGACUCUUUCAAGGCUCUCGAAGAGAAGGAGGAGGUCAUUUUCCUCUACUUCUAUGAUCAUGCUACCACCAGCGAAGACUUCCUUUCUUUGGAGCGUUAUCCUCUCAGCCUUAUUGGCAAAGCCAAGUUGGUCAAGACCCGGGAUCCCAAGUUGUAUGAUCGAUACAAGAUUACCACUUGGCCACGUCUGAUUGUUUCGCGCGAGGGCCGCCCGACUUACUACACUCCUCUCGCGCCUAGGGAAAUGAGGGAUACCAGAAUGGUUCUCAACUGGAUGAAGUCCGUCUGGCUCCCCCUUGUUCCCGAGCUUACCCCGUCCAACGCCCGCGACAUCAUGGACGGCAAGAUCGUUGUUCUGGGGGUUCUAAACAGAGAGAAUGAGGAUUCUUUCCGCGGCGCUAUCCGUGAGAUGAAGAGUGCGGCCAACGAGUGGAUGGAUAAGCAGAUUCAGCUCUUCCAGAUCCAUCGCCAGGACCUUCGCGACGCCAAGCAGCUCCGCAUCGAGGAGGCCGAGGAUCGUGGUGACCAGCGGGCUCUGCGCAACGCCAAGAACAUUCGCAUCAACAUGGACAGGUCGGACAUGAAAGAGGCUACCUUUGCCUGGGUUGACGGCAACUUCUGGCAGCGGUGGAUUCGCACCACUUAUGGCAUUGAUGCCAAGGACGGUGACCGUGUUAUCAUCAACGAUGAAGAUAAACGCCGGUAUUGGGACCAAACUAGCACUGGAAACCCCAUUGUUCCCUCGCGCACAUCCAUCCUUGAAACCCUCAACAAGGUCACAGUCAACCCACCAAAGCUCAAGCCGAAGCUUACCAUUGGUGUGAUUGAGAAGAUGUUCUUCGAUAUCAAGAUGACCUUCAAGGAGCAUCCCUAUCUCAGCAUGGGCUGCAUCCUUGGCAUCGCUUUUGGUCUCUUCCAGUGGCUCAUGGGAAGAACCACAAGAAGAGCCCGCAGUCACUUUAAGCUCGAGGAGGGCGUUGGAAUGAAGGAAUCGAAGCCCUCCACGUUGUUUGGCGGAUCAAGUAACACUGCCACCAAAGCGGACUAGAUUUGAUUGUGGAUGAUUAACGACCACCCACCUUUUUUCAUUAUGGGGUGGUGUCUGGAUUUUUUUGGGAAAGCAAAACGGGAAAGCGAACGAUCAUCAUGCCUGUCUGUCUUGUGUUUGUCUUGGUUUGUGCUCUUGCUUGGUAGUAUGCGGUAUAAAGUUAGGUUCUGUAUAAAUACACCAGAGGCCCGAACGGUAACAAUACCGAAAGGAAGGAUACCGAAUCGGUUGGUGGGGCUAGGACCGGAAGGGAACGGGGGUCUACGGAGGGGUUAUUGCAUAUUAAUCAGUGUUUAUCUUCCUGGCUCAUGGGAGCGUGUUUAUCUUUUUGCUUCUUGUUUUUCCUUCCUUCAUUUGUGGUUUACUCGAGACUUUUGUUUGUUGAAUGAGACGGGGAAAGAGGCUUCGUCCGGAUUAUGGCUGGAUGGAUGCGGCAUUGUAGAUAUGGAGUUUCUGAAUUCAUCUGGGGUUACAUCACCUAUGGAACCACUCUGGUGAUAUUUCCCAAAACUUGUCAAAGC